AUGGCACAAUGUGAUGUGAACUCUGUCGGGCAGAAAGUGAAAAUGUCUUCAUCUCCCGCCAAAAUUCACAUCAAUGAGGAGGAAUGGCUCCAGUUGCUGGGCCACCUGACUCCAGGUAGCAUGACCAGCCUGCAGGAGACUUUGAAACGGCUCCAGACGACGGCCACGAACGGCGCCAUCAUGGCCGGAGGGGAACCGGGCGUGUUGUUGAGCUGCGCCGAAGAGGCGGCCACCCUCAAGGCCACCUUGCCCGUCGUCUCUUUGUCCAAAGGAAUUAUCCUCGACUCGAGUUCACCAUCGCCGAGCAUCGUUGGCCAGUCCUCGGCCGCCUCCAGCCCCGCCGCCCUCUUCCACUUGCAUGCCUCGGCCGCCUCGGCCGCCUCGGCUACCUCAAGCGUCCUCAAUACCAGCAACUUCUCUCUCCCCCUGUUCACUUGCCUCGCCAGCAACCCGGCCGACGGCCUGGCCAAGGCGCCCGGCCCUCUCCAGUCUCCCUCCUAUCAGUUGUCCCCACUCCUCGGCAUUUCUAACACCACCGGCCCCUGUAUCUAUUCCGCGGUGCCCAGCUUGUCGGCUCCGGCUGGCCUGACUGCCAUGAGCCCCCUGGGCGUGGGCAAGCAGCCGGCCGCCAUUUUGCUCGCCCUCGCGCCGCCCGCCAACUCGGGCAUGCCGGCAGGCAUCGCGGCACAGCCGGGCAAUGCGAACGCGGCCCUCGGCAGCCUGAAUGUCUCCCUCGCCUCCUUCAAGCCGCCUCCGCCGCCACACACGCCCGGCCUCCUCAUCAACGAGGCCUGCCUGUUGCCGACUGCCGGUCUCGGCUCUGCCCUCAGCCUUGGCCGUCACUUCACUCGGGCUGGGGCGGCCGGUGGGCCCGUCAGCGAGCCACUGCAGCCCGCCGAGGACUUCUUCCCUGACUCCUUGACGGUUCUGCCGGGCGGAAUUUCCGGGCCCGGACUCAGCGUCGCCGAGUUUAACAGCCUGGCCGCUGCGGCUGUCAUUUCUAACAUUGCUGGCGCGAGCUCAGCCUCCCUGCCGGCCUCGCUCAGUUUGGCCAGCUAUCCU